AUGAGGCUUUCGGGCACCGUAGCACUGCUCGGUGCAUCUUUACGCGGAGUCGCAGCAUGGGGGAGUCUGGGUCACAUUGCGACGGCGUACCUAGCCAGCCACUUCGUCGCCAACACGACCGAAUUCUUCUUCCAAGACCUCCUGCGCAACGACACCGAACACUACCUGGCCGGCGUCGCGACCUGGGCCGACACAAUCCGGUACACGCGCUGGGGACACUUCACUGGGCCCUUCCACUUCAUCGAUGCCAAAGACAGUCCACCCGCCUAUUGCGGAGUCGACCUUGAGCGAGACUGCAAAGAUCAAGGCUGCGUAGUGACUGCACUCGCAAACUACACUGCUCGGUCUCUGGAUCCCAAGCUGAGCGGGUGGGAACGCAACCAGGCUGCGAGAUUCGUUGUGCAUUUCAUCGGCGACAUCCACCAGCCUCUUCACAACGAAGAUGUAGCUCGUGGAGGCAACGGCAUCCACGUCAAGUGGCAGGGCUCCGAUUAUAAUCUGCACCAUGUCUGGGACAGCUCCAUUGCCGAAAAGUUGAUUGGAGGUUCUCGUCGGAGACCGUACGACAACGCUAAGAAAUGGGCGGAUGAGCUUGCUGACGAGGUCAAGACUGGGAAGUUUGCUGCGCAGAAGGGAGAGUGGCUCAAGAGUCUGGACUUCAACGACGUCAAUGCAACCGGCCUCGAAUGGGCGAGAGAGGGAAAUGCUUUCGUGUGCACACACGUUUUUCCAGAGGGGCCGCGAGCGAUUGUCGGCCAAGAGCUCAGUGGCGAGUACUUCCAGAAAGCGGCACCUGUGAUUGAACUUCAGGUCGCCCGCGCGGGUGUGAGAAUGGCCGCUUGGCUGGACCUCAUCGCGGCGGCAUACCAAGACCAAGCGAAAACGGCCGAACCUGUCAUGGAAGACUUGUGA